AUGGACAUGAGCAUAAGUCAAAAUGGGAGCGUAAGAAAUCUCUCUCUUUGUUAUGAACAUCAUCCUAACUCCUGUCAGAAGUUUGUCUAUCCACUGGCCAUGCGAGUUAUUUUAUAUUUUGUCCUUAGUGUUAUUGUACUUCUUACAUCAUUUGGAAAUCUUCUGGUGAUCAUAGCCAUAGCUCAUUUCAGGCAGCUGCACACACCAACUAACUACCUCACUCUCUCUUUAGCUGUACUUGACCUGCUUGUGGGAGUGAUUGUAAUGCCUGUCAGCAUGAUACGUUCUGUGGAGACUUGCUGGUAUUUUGGGAGUUUAUUCUGGCGAUAUUAUGCAAUCUGCCACCCCCUGCUGUACCACAGUAAAAUGACUCCUCUUACUACUUUAUGUAUGAUUGCUGUCUGUUUGUGUCUUGCUAUUGCUGAUGGAGUUAUAUAUCCAGAGUUAAAUGAGGCAGGCACAGAAGCUUACAGUGAUCUGUUAUGUAAGGGAUCCUGUGUGGUGGUUAUAGGAUACGUGACAAGUUUAGUAAUUACUGUAACCUUCUUGUACAUACCUACCAUUAUCAUGCUCAGCAUUUAUCUGAAAAUAUAUCUUGUUGCACGGAGGCAAUCACGAUUAGUCCACAAUGCUGUCUCUCAUGUAAAUAAAUCAAGAGGGCAGUCUGCCAUUAAUAAGACAGAUAGUAAAGCAACUAAAACAUUAGCCAUUGUCACAGGAGGCUUUCUGUUAUUCUGGGCACCAUUUUCUAUUUAUAAUCUCAUUGUGACAAUUUUUGGUUUAAGUGGUUCACCACAACUGUUUGACUUGCUUAGUUGGUUUGCUUAUUCAAAUUCAGCUUGCAGUCCCAUUAUAUAUGCAUUCGUGUACAAGUGGUUUCGAAAAGCCAUCAGAGUUAUUUUAUUAGGUCAAAUAUUUAGGAAAAAGUCUUCCAGAAUACAGCUGUGUUCAGAGUAG